AUGAGUAUCGUUGUCCAAGGAGAAGCUCCUGAGCCUAAAAAAUUUCGAUCAUCUCUACCUACUCAAGUAAUUGUGGAAAAGCCAACCUUUACAUACCAAAAUAGUGGCAGUCCUCUGGAUGAUGCAGCAAAUGGAGGUCAAUCACCUGCAGGUCCAUCAUCGGCCCGUUCAUCCAGUUCUACAUCUUUCAUGAAAGAGGAACGGGAACGAGAUGAUUUGUGCGCAAAUGCUAAUAGUAGCAGCAAUAGCAACAGUCUGAUGUAUCCAAGAAGUGGUCAAAGUCUCGUAGAUGCAUUUUCCACAGCAAUGAUCUUUCAAGCUACCAAUGCAUACAUGAAACAAAUGCAACCUACGAAUCAAAAAGGCCGCGGCAAAUCAGCUACUCCAAGUGUGCCACCAGGACCACCAAUUCCGGGUGCCAUAGCUGCAGCAUCAUCGCCAGCUGCCGCUCUGUUCAGUGAAGAUGACUGGUCUUGGCAUCGUAAUCCAGCUGCAGCUAUCCGAAGCGGUGGAACCAAUAAGCAGACUCCGGUUUGGAAGUUCUUUGUUUAUAACAAGGCUGAAAACCUGAGCAGAUGUAUUGUUGGUAAUUGUACGUAUGUAUUGAAAGGACCGCACACCAGUACACUUGCUUGUCAUCUUAAGAAACAUCCACCCCAAUAUGUGGAAUACCAAAAGUUAAAGGCUAUCUACUCACGUGACCGUCUAAAUAACAUUAGCAGUAAUUCUUCUCAGAUGUCAGUUUCUCCUGCUCCUGCGUCUUCCGGAUCAGGCAACGUUGCACAGCUAAACAGUUGUAGCAGCCGUGUGAGAACAGCUGGAAAUAGCUGCAACAGUGGUAGCAAUAAUAUUUUGAAAAGUCAUGGUCAUGAUGGUUGUUCGUCAGGAAAUUCACUCAAUUCUAUAAGACAACAUACACCUGUCUCAAAUAUUGUUGCUAAUUCCGGAAAGCAAUCCGCUCAUAAUGUUAGUAGUAUUCUGGAUGUUUUAAAUGCAAGGGCGAGUGUGGCAGCUUUAGCUAGUGGAAAUGGUCAUUUGUUACAAAAUCCAAUUGCUGCCAUUUUCAAUAACUCAGAACAUGAUAAUGGUAACAACUGUGGUGGUAUUAGCAACACACGAAGUGCAUCCGGAAAUUCACCACCAAUCAAAAGCAAUAGUUCAUUGGCAGAUGUGUUGACUGCAAAUUUAUUAAUGGCUGCUAGCAGUAGUGCGACAAGUGGUGCAAUAGCGAUCGGUCGAAAAUGGAAUCGUGAAGAUCGAAAGCAGAAAGAGAUGGAAGUUAAAUUGGCACUAAUGCUUUCUGCCAGUCAGCUACCAUUAAACAUCAUCGAAAAUUCAUUUUUUCGUGAAUUCAUGGAAUAUGUUCAACCACGUUUUUCGAUGCCGCAUGACAUUAACUAUAUAGAGGAAAUAAUCAAUACAGAGCAUACAAGAACGGUUAUCAAUUUAAAAAAUCAACUAGCCACUGCAAAAAAAGUUGCUGUCAUGAUUGAUGUAUUGAAAUUAAAUACAUCAGCAUCCUCUGCUGCACUUCCUACAAGUGUUGAUGAUAAGGAAGAAUCGAAGGACUUGGAGUCGAAAGAUUCAACAUCCAUUAACUCAGACAGUGGUUUCGAAGUGUCUGAUGAGAAUCAAUCUGGCACGGAAUCGCCGAAAUCAUCUGCUACGCGAAUGGAGGAAAUGCGACCACUGAUUCGACUUUGUGUAUCUGUAGCCUUCCACAGUCCAUUAGCACAACGAGUAGAAGUUGCAUUACUUGGUGUUCGACCACUUGCUGAUCAACUAAAUGUCGCAGAUGCUAUCAAAUCUACAGUUGAGCAGAUUCUCUCAGAUUUUGAUGUCUCAAGUGACAAAGUAUCGCGCCAUCUCUGUAAUGAUGUAUGUGAAUUAGUUGGAAUUAGUGUUUCUCCAGAAGAUAUCUUCCCUCGGAUGCUGGAGCCAUACAAUCAAAAGUUGACCCAGUCUUUGUUGAAUGUAAUAGAUGCAAAUGAAGGAAUUGAAGAACUAAAGAAAAGCUUCUAUAGCAUGAUUUUGAAUUUCGUCACAAGACCAAAUGCUAUGCAGUUGUUGCAGCAGACUGUCGGACACCCAGUAUCAAUACCCAUUGCUGAUUCGUUUCUUGUUCUCAUUGAUGCCAUUCUCGAACUGAAAGAUGCAUUCCUAUGUGUUUGUGCGCAAGUAUCUUUUGAAUACCCAGUUGAAACAAUCAGCGAAUCCCAGUGGCAAGUUCUGGAAAAUGUCUCAAAGCUAUUGCGGCUCUUUCACACUCAUAUGAAAGUAAUACAGGAUGGCGUUUAUGCAACAAUUGAUGGUGUUGUUCCGUCACUGAUGCAGUUGCAACUUUCCCUUGAGAAAGAUUUUACUGUACUUGGAGAUUUAGCGACUCAGUUGAAAACGGAUUUACAGAAGCGUACGGCAUCAAUAUUAGAUAUUACUGCUCCUGAUUUUGAUGGAACAUUCAUUCAAGCAACAGCUUUGAAUCCACAUUUAGCUCUACUAUUGGAUGACGAGCAAUUAUCAUAUGCUAGGAAUGCUAUCGAGCAAGAGUUAAACGAACGUAUGAGGGUGGCGGAAGAAAUAGUGGCUCGUCGUACUGCACGGCUAAAUGGUGGCGUUGAUGCACUGCUUGUGACAGUAACAGAUCGUGCAUCUGCUGCCUCGUCGUUGGCAGCAGCUUCUGGAAUGAGUAGCAGCAGUUCAAGAAAUGGCAGUAAGAGUAUCGGUAAUAUUGGAAACAGCGAUAUAUCACUUUCGUGUCAGAAUAUUACAAAAAGUACUUCUCUCUAUCCGGACCUUAUCCAUGCUGCAAAUGAACGCCGAAAAAUGAUGAAGGAAAAGCAACAAGCUGCUGCUAAAAAUCGUUAUGCCGAAGCAAUUGUACAGUCUUAUUUCGAUGAACUUGCUGCUGGGACCAAUCAAACACCGCCAUCAUCACUUGCGAUAGCAACAAGUGCGCUUCCAAUAACAUUAAACAGUCGAAAUUUAGCUCCACUGCAAUACUGGCAGUUCAAUGCCGUUAAAUACGGACUACUAGCCGAGAUAGCUACCGAACUACUGACAAUUCCUUCUUCUACUGUUUCACUGGAGCGAAUUUUUGCAACCUCUUCACUAGAUGGACCGAACGAGAGCAGUACUGAUAUAAAUGGCAAUGGCCUGAGCUGUGUUACCUUUGAUCCGAUCACACUGAUCAAAACAAUCGAUGAACCUGCAAGAAUGGAGCGUGAUGCAAUGCUUCGCUUCAACCGAACAUUAAUACCACGAUUCUAA